UUUAAACUGACGUUUACAGGAAGUAGAAGUUGACAACAUCCGGUCGCGAGUCCAUCUUUCCUAGUCAGAGUCGAAUGAUAACAGGCUGUAGGAUGAUUUCAUCUGAUGUGAGAUGACUGUUAGCGUGUCGGAUCCGCUCAUCAUGUGUCAUCUGUGAGAGUCAGUGAAGCGUCCUCUUAUGGCGGGACUGUCGCAUUUAGUGCUGCGUGUGUCGGGCUCGUACGGUGUGUUCUCUAAAGGGCUCAGCAGGACUCUGCUCAUCUUCUUUGAUCUCGCCUGGAGACUCAGAGUCAGAUUCCCCUACCUCUAUGUCAUCGCCUCCAUGAUGUUCAACGUGCGACUACAGGUUCACAUUGAGAUACACUGACUGACACGGAAUAACUUCUUCUUCAAAACUUCAGCUUCUGGACACAAGCCCAGUAAUGGCACUCAACUCUAUCAUUACCACAGACUUCAUCAGUGCAGCUCAUGAAUUAUCUAUAACUGGAAGACAUACAGACCAAAGCAUGCUGACUGGAAUACCAGCAGGAAUUAUUUAUACAAUAUGGACAUUGACUUCAUUGGAGGAGAUGGAUAGUAAUGUAUGAUGAUGCAUCUCUCACGGUUUCAUGUUACUUUAUUUUAGACAGGUAAAUACCUCACGCUCAGCCACUGGACAAGCGCGGACAGUGAUUUAACCAUGAGACUAAAACGGCAAAGAGUUGCUGAGCUCCACCGUGCUUCGAACACGGAGAGAGUGCAUGAUUAAAAACUUGAGCACAGCAGUGUUACAAUGUGUUUUCUCCGCACAUAAUCAUUUUUGCAUAUGAAGAGAACUUUCGAUUAAUUUAUUGGUUUUGUUUAGUCGCAUGACAGCUCACAGUGUGACGGACUGCAUCGCACACCUCCACCAUUUACUCACUAACACAGCAGCUACUGUUACACAAACUACAGGGAUUUGUACAUAUAGAUGGAUUUAUUUGUUUGUGUUUUUGUUAUUAUUAAAUAUGUGCAUUAUUUGGCAAGUGCAUUUUGGGAGGAUUGUGAAUGUAAGUGAUUUAAACUUUGACAAUAAAUUAUGAAGAGGUA